AUGGCUGAAGCUGUAAUGGAAGAAAAGGUUACGAAUCAUAUUCCUUAUGAUAUUUCAUUCUCUAUUCUGUCAAAACUUCCUUUAAAAUCUUUGAAACGAUUUGAAUGCGUAUGCAAUGCAUGGUCUCUUUUAUUUGAAGACUCUCAUUUCAUGAAUGAGUUUCGCACUAACUGCAUAUCUAAGUCUCACUCUUACUACAAUGAUACAUCUCUCAUCUUAUAUCAGUUUAUCGAGACUCAUUAUUCUAUUCGUUACUCUUUCUAUUUACUUUCUGGUGAGAGGUUUGAGAAUCGAGUCAAAUUAGACUUACCAAAUCCAUUUCAAGAGGAAAACCCUUUCUUUGAUUUUAUUGAUUGUGAUAUUAUUGCCGGAACUCUUUGCCUUAAAAAACAAAAAACACUUGUAUUGUGGAACCCAGCUACCCAUGAAUCUAAGGUCAUUCCUCCUAGUCCGGCUGAGUCGAUACCACCUUAUCGAGAGGCUUCGACUUUAUUUCAUGGAUUUGGUUAUGACCAUAUUCAAGAUGACAUUAAGAUUAUUAGGUAUGUGCAUUUUUGUCGAAUAAAUGGUGGAGGUCUUCAACUUCUCAAUGUGCGACGGGAAGAUGUGCCAUGGAAUGAAAUAUCCUAUGAACCUUUAUGGGAGAUUUAUAGCGUAAGAUGUAACUCUUGGAGAAAACUUGAUUUCAAUAUGCCUAAUUGCUGGAGUGGUAGUUCAAAUGAGCGAUUGUACUUGAAUGGAAUAUGUCAUUGGUGGCAUGUGACUGAAGAUCAGGAUGGACAUUUUUUGGUGUCAUUUGACUUUAGCAAUGAGAUGUUUUUUACAACAGAGAUACCCUUAGACAUACCUUUAGACAUAGGUACCAAUUUGAGUUUUAGAUUAACAAAGAGACAUUUGGUGGUAUUGAAUGGAUCCAUUGCUUCGAUCUCAUGGUAUUUAGAUACAACUACUUUUCACAUAUCAAUUUUAAGUGAACUCGGCGUGAAGGAAUCGUGGACCAAACUCUUUGUUGUUGGACCAUUGCUCUACAUUGAGCGUCUUAUUGGAGUGGGGAUGAACGGUGAUAUUUUCCUAAUAUAA